CAGAGACUACCGAAUGCUCGGCCAUGGCGCUGUGGGUGGCGGCGGUGGCGGGAGAGGGGCACUGCAUGCGCUCCGUCUCUGCCGGCGGCAGUGGACCCAGAUACCUUAUGGAGAGAAGCCAUGCCGAGGUCUGGAGGCCGUUCUCCGCCGCGAGCUCGUCAAGGAUGAACUGUUGGCACGGUGAGGGACAGAGUCGGAGCGAGCGAGGCACGCCUGGUGCUCGACGAAAUGCCAAGUCAAGGUAUCUCAGCUCUCCUGCUUCAGGUGCAGCCUUGGCGGCUUGGCAUGAAGUAGGCGGGGACCUUGGGCAUCAUGCACGGCUGGAAUCAGUUGUGCUCGACGAAAUGCCAAGCAAGGAGCUGUCCGAGCAGAGGCCACGGUCCAUGGACCUUGGUUGUCCGGCAGACUGCUUCAGAAAUGCAUACGGCCUUCCUUUGUUGAGCUUGAGUGACAUCGGAUUAUCAGUUCAACGGAGCGUCUGAAGAAGAAGAACCAUGCUGCAAAUGGAAUUGGAAUGGCGCAGUCAUGCAGGCAUGCGGCAUAAUGUCAGCAGUGCGUAGCUCUCCGUGGCAUCUUCCUCUGGCCUGCAUCUAGGAGCUUGGUACAUGACCACAUUGACGUUCUGACGCAUUCCGCAAGCUAGUUCAUACUGCAGACCUGAAUCCCAGCGGUUGUUGUUAUUUGAGAAAUUGAAAUUCCGGUGGCUGUAAUCUUCACUCGGUGGCCCGUGAGCCACAGAUAUCAACAGUUGGUCGACAAAGUUCCUGAGAUCAAAUUCAAGGACAAUCGAAGCAAUGAUGCGGCUGAUGCCUACAUUUCAGUUGCAGCAUCAGACAAGCAAGUCCAUCAGAUGAAGAUACUAGUAGCAUAUUUGUAAGACCUGAAUCUCUUCUGGGAUACUGAUGCUGAAUUGGAUAUCAGCAGGGCCUGUCAGAAAACGCAAGGGCUAUCAUCUGCUUGGGCUUCAUCGUCAUUUGCGAGUCUCAGCGCCCUCGCGAGCCCAGGCCUCGUCAUUAUAAAAAGAAAAGAGGAAGGCCAGGGACUGCCCCUGAAGACUGCAGUUAGUUAUAACUGCGCCUCAACGCAUCACGCGUUCCCUCCAAAACUCAAAGCAAGAAGCCACCUCGCGACCCCGCAAGAAGCCAAGAACUCCACCGGUCCCAAGAAGCAGCAAUGUCGCUGCGUCGUUCCGGCCACACCAGCUCGGCGGACGAGACCUUGGAGGACGAGCUACGUCGCGCCAUCGAGGGGGAGAUUUUUCAAGAGAACGCCCGGGCCUCCUCCGCCCAGCAGUCGUCGUCAGGAUGUUGGCCGUCAUCGCCGUCAAGUUUGGUGCGCGGGGUAGCCAGGAGGGUUCUUGCUGUCUCUACGAGACCCUCCGAACACACCUUGCCGUCACGGAGGUCACCGCCAAGAAGCCCACAACGGGGACGCCAGGGGGCAGGCAGGAGGGUUAUUGCUGUCGCUGCGCGCCCCUCCGACCACACCCUGCCGGCACCGAGGUCGCCGCCAAGAAGCCCACAUCGGGGACAGGCGUCGUCGUCUGACGUUCCCGGUCCGUCAGGGUCGGUGCCCCAGGGGCCAACAAGAACCGGUAGCGAGGAAGAAGCCAGGCUGGAGCAGGACCAAGCGGCCCACACGAGGUCUGCUUACGGUGCGACGAUGCGAAGCGCAUUGGCGAAGAUCCAGGAGGGCACCCACGACCACGACCAAGAGCAGGCCGCGUUCGGCAAGAUGGCGGAGGCGAUCACCGGCCUCAUGGAGCUCACGUAUGGGACAGCAGAGCUCCAAAAUCCACCGGAGCUGCCUCGCGAGUUCGCUACCAGAUUCCCGUACGAUGAUGCUGAUAGCUCGCACAGUGGACUGAGUGGAGUAAUGGAUGAUCCGGUCAUAUUGGCAUCUGGAUAUUCUGUUGAUCAAUUGUACCAUCGGUUGUUCUGUUCACCGAACAUCUGUCCGAGUACUAAGGAGACUUUAUCCCACACUUUCACUGCUCCAAACCACCUCCUCCGUGAUAUGAUUGCUGCAUGGCGUCUUGAUCACAUGGCCCGUUCCUCAUCUAACAAUGCUGAUACACUCUCCAUCCCUGUGGCACCUUCAGAGGAGCAAGUCCAAGCUAUCUUACAAAAAUUCUCAGGGCAUUCAGUUGUGAUGCAGGAGCAGGCUUUGCACGAGAUUCAGCUACUCUCCAAAACAACCAAGGGAGAGCAACCUUGCCUUCACAAGUGGGCAGGGCUGCUUCCAGAGCUGAUAGAUCUUCAAAAGAAUUGGAAGUCGACAUGGUCACAUGAGCUGGAGGAACAGAGGCUCGGAGUAAUCCUUAAUUUGUCUGUUCACAGGCCAAACGGGGAGAUCCUAGCUGGAGCGAACCAACUCCCUGUUCUUCUGAAGAAGAUCACCCAUAAGCUACAUAAACAUGGAAGUCCAGCAUCACAUUUGGCAAAGGUAGCUUCGAUAGUUGCCAUCCUUUCAGAGUUUGACAUGUUUAGGAAAAUGGUACUCGAUAUUGGUGGGAUGGAAAUGCUCCGGGAUAUGCUCAAGAUUGAGGAUGUUGUUGUAAGGAAGGAGGCUGUCACUGCAAUCCGUGGACUCUGUGCAGAUGAGGAAGGAAAGAUAAAUGCUCAAUUUUAUAACGUGCCUGAUGCCCUGGUGGAAUGCCUCAUGGUCAGUGACGAGGUGCUGCUUCUGCUUGAUUGUCUGCCGAAAGAUCUGCACAUGGUGGAUAAGAUGUGCGAUAAAGCUAUGGAACUGGUGAAUAUCAUCAUGGCUGAUGAGGGAACUUGGCCGGUUACUCCUGAGGCCACUUACUCUGCGAUUUCCUUGGUUCAUGCUAUUGUGCAGAGAGACGUGCAUAAGAUGGAGCAGGUGAAGAACCUGGAGGACUUUAAGGAGCGGCUGAGGGAGCUGUCAUCAGGUACAUUACCGAUGCAGAUAAUGUUAAAGGUGGACACGAUAAUCAAUUGUCUGUCCGAGGAGUUUCCUGCUCCUGUGAAUCUGUGAUGCAAGCGCAAAAGAAGCAAUCCAGAGUGGAAACUGUCUCCAGUCAUGAAUAGACUGAAUCCUAUAACUGCCCUUUCCGGUGUGGCAUCCCAAACAGUCAGAGAUUUACUGUUGUUUUACUUGAUUUUCUAUGCUAGUUUGAAUUUUUUUGACUGU